AUGACAUCCCAUGAUAAUUCGGUAAUCAUUUCGGAAGCUGAUAAUUUAGACAGAAGUUCAGUGGAACUUGUCACAGCUGAUGGAAUUGAUGAUCAUCAUGAACCAGUACAACAACAUCAAGAUAUUGAUGCUUCAGGAAUGAGUUAUACUGCAGUUCCAUUGGAAGUGUUGGAGGUAGCUGGUAUCGAUAUAGAGAAUUCAGGUGAAUUAACAGAAGAUCAAAUAAAUACAAUUAUGUCUCUGAUUGAACCAAAUGGUGCAACUCAACAGAAUGAGUUGAAACAUGAGCAUAUUGAUAUACCGCAUUCUUCUUAUUCUAAUGGUAUGCCUAGUUCUUCAUCCGAUGCUGGAGAUCGUUUAACAUUGUAUAUUCUGGAUGAUGGCUCAUUGAAACUUACGGAUGCUACACUUCAGAAGGAAUAUUUUUUUACACCGAGGGACCUAGCGUUGCACAAUAUUGAUGUUGACAAUUUAACUGACGAAACUUUGCAACGAAUCAUUCAGAUGGCCAUGGAAUCAAAUGAAGUGGUGACAACAAAAAAGCGAAGAAUGGAAGAUGUUGGCUGUGUGGAAUUUCCACCAAAUUUUUUACCUAAUACUUCAGUGGAACCGCCAACAUCUAGUGCUUCAAAAACAGUUCUUGUCAGUGAAGAUCACCAUGUUGAAUCACAACUAUCGUUAAUAGGCACUGAAGUUGAAAUUAAACGAGAUGGUAAAAUAUAUUCGGCUACAAUUAAGUACUGUAGGCAAAGUGGAGGAUAUAAAGUGCAGUUCAGUGAUGGCCAUUUCGAGUGGGUUAGUGAAGAUGAAAUGCGAUUGCUUCAUGAUGAAAGUUCUGGGAAACGUAGUGAUCAUGAAUCAUAUAGUGAAAGAGCUAGAACUUUAUCUUCUGAAAGUGUUGGUGAAGAUACUAUAUCAAAAAAUAUUAAUGGCCGAAGAUGCAUUUCCCAGAUUCCAGGUAUUAAAGUUACUCCAGCAAAUGGUUGUCAUAAGCAGGAAGAGCCAAAUUUUUGCUGUGUUGUAUGCGAUCGAAAAGUUUAUCAGAAGGAACCACAAUACAUUGUGAUACGAAUUCCUGCUUGCGAUAAAUGUGCUGAGCAAAAAAUGAUUUUGCUAGAUGGUGCCACAAAAGAUUGUGAAACACAGACGUGUAUCAAUCUUCUAAAAAAUGAUCGUAUUGCUACUGCUACAAAUGAUGGAGAGAGGAGAAGCUAG